AUGGUGGAGGAGCCGCCGCGCGAAGCGCCAAAGGCCGUGGUGACUGGCGACGUGACGACAGCGACGACGCAGGAGGGUGGAGGGCGAUGCAUGGUGCGGCAGGCCGAGGCGCUGGCCCGGAGGCGAGAGGCACCGCUGAACGCGACGGCUGAAGGCGAGAUGGUGCAGGCGACGAAGGAGGCGCAGAAGCAGGGUUGGAUGACUGUGGACGGUGUUGCGGCUCUUGCUACAGUCAAAACCACAAACGCCAAGGAGCCACAAAGAUCCUCGCGGCGGGCCGACGUGGAGGCGGAGGACGCGGCGGAUUAUGGCAGCACGACGACGGUGGAGAACGCCGGGGGCGAUGCUGCUGCUGAACCGCUGCUACUACCAGGGCCGGCCGACGAGGCCAAGGAGAUCGCCGAUGGUAAAGUCACAGGAAAAAAAGGAGAGCCUAUGACUCUUACCGCUGCCAUUCCAAACAUCAUCACCACCACCGAGCAAACCGCCAUCGGAGGCGAAGCUAUCUCCGCCAUGGCAAUCAUAACGCAAGCACCGCCGGUGGCAGCGGAAAACACCAUCGAUAAGGAGGCGAUGUCGAGGACGGCGCUGGGAACACACUGGGAUGGCCGCCGGAAGAGUUGUUUGUCGCCCAUGAAGUUGAAGAAGGAAGGCGGCGGCGGUGUCCCUCGCCCACGGGAGCAGCUUUACCUCUCCGUCCCUAACACACAUCUGCAACAGUCCAUAGUGGGCCAAAGAGUUGCAAGAGCCUGUCAUAGUGGGCUAAAUGGAGUGGGCCAACUGAUAAGGAAAGGGCAGAUUGAGCGCAACAUGUGUUGUGUUUGGAAGGUGGAAGGAGGUGGGCUUAGAGCUUAA